CUUCUGAAAACUUCUUCUUGCCGUGAGCUAGAGGUGCGAUAAUUUAGGUGAACAAACAGAUGUGUAGUGCUUCGACCACUUAUUUUCUGAGGUUGGUUCUACAGCUCUUGUUUCAGAGUAGCCGUGCUAUCUCUGCCUACCCUGAGGCAACCGUGAAUCUACUACAUCUGAACAAGUCCGACAAGUAGGGAAAGAGUCCGGACACUGAGCAGGGUGAAAGCAUUUGUUUCUCAGCAAAACAAAAAACAGAACCAUGGCCGCUCGCCGCCAGAGCUGGCUGAUGUGCGGUGCGGUGUUUCGCGCCGCCGUUUGUGUUGCGGUAAAAGGAUCGGAGGACAAGGAGCACAGUCUGAUGCACAACGCGAAGUCGAUAAAAGCAGGAACAACAGCAGCAACAUCGUCUUCUUCGGGGGAAACUCAACACGCAAAAGGCAGCAUUGCAGCGGAGCACGGAAGAAGUGUAUUGACAGCAGCGGAAACAUCAGCAGAGAAAGAAGUCUUGCGCGACAGCCUGCAGCUUCACUUCAACCGGAAGCUUCUUCGCGAAGACGCCAGCGCCCUAGCAAAACAGAAGCUGAAAGAAGAAAACCAAAACCAAAAUGAGAAACGCACAAGGACUAGCACGAGAGAACAAGGCCAAGGAUCAUCUUCUACCAGCCUGCACAAACAAACAGUUCGGAAAAAGCAGAGAGACGAGUCCGAGGAAGUAGGUAGCAUCGUUCAACCUAGCAGGAAAACAGACGAUCCGAGCAGCACCCCCUCCGUUUUCUUCCACGAUCUAGAGGACGAAAAUAUCAACAUCGGCCCCUCCGGGCGGAGAAUACUGGAGGAGAACGAGCAGGUAAAUAUUGCAUCAGCAAAAACAAUAUCAAAUACAAAUAUGUCUGAGUCUGGAAGUGUGCCAGAUUUCUAAUGCUGACCUCGCAUGCCCCGAAACCGAAACUCUGUAAUGCGCGUUGCGGAAUGGUGACGGUGCUGUGUCAUGCAAAAACGCAUCUUCUCAUGCGUAUUACGCAGCACAGUGCUGUUGAAAAAUUUGUCAUGCUUGGCUGCGUUGUACUGUAGUCAUCUUGCCAUUCAUGUAUUAGCAUGACAACUUCCCAGAUCCAGGCAUAUUUGCAACGCAUAAACAAACCUCGAGCAAGACACUGAGCAACGGGUACACGAAGACGCAAAGAUCAAAAACGGCUACGCAGCGGCCGCUUUGGGGCAAGUUUCCGCGGAAGAACUAGCAACUUUGGAAAAAAACCAGGCAGACGGCGGAUUUUCCUCGGCGUUUCUGAACGCGCUCGGGAUGAUUUUUGCCACGGAAAUCGGCGAUAGGACCUUUUUCAUCGCAGCGGUUAUGGCGAUGAGCAAUCCGAGAAUAGUGGUGUUUUCCGGGGCGAUCGGGGCGUUGGCGCUGAUGACGGUAUGGGUUAUUGAGGGUUUUGUUUUAUUCACAGGGACGAGUGUCUGUUGUUUUUUCUUUUUGUCAUGCUGUGAUGCAAAACAUGAUGGGUAAUGAAGUUGGAAUGCAAAAAAAAUGAUCGUCACACUUAAAAGAUUCUCUCCGCCAUUUUGGGCCACGCCGUCCCGCACCUCCUUCCUAAAGUCCUCACCCACUGGGCUUCGGUGGUUCUCCUCCUUUACUUCGGCGUGAAAAUGCUGUUGGACGCGAGACAGAUGUACCUUUCUGGCGAGGGCAAGGAGGUGUCGGAGGAGCUCGAAGAGGUCGAGCACGAGCUGGCCGAGAAGGGGUUGGCGACCGAAAUGACGGACCCGCUGUCGAUGGAGGGAAGCCACACGCUCGGGAAGCCAACGGAUCCGGAAUUCGGGUUAGAUUUGGAAAGCCAAGCUGUGGGGGUAAGUGAUUUAUGGCUUGCUCGUUUGCGAGGUUUGAUAUUGAUUGAUGGGUGUGCAGUUUUUACUUUGGAGUUUUUGCAUCAGUAAUUUGAAGAAGCCGUUCUUGUUGACAAAAACUACUUGUGAUGCUAUGCAGCAGCCGCAUUUACUGUCUGGCAUGCACUACACAAUCACCAUCCAACGAAAAAAGGUCGAUUCCAUGAGCACAACUGCCGGCGAGUCCAACGUUGAUGAGGAUCGGGAGAAAAUGGUCUCCACCUCCGGUUCCGACACUAACACAGACGUUGCGAGUCCGCGGGAUCUUAUGAAAGUGCACGAUUCCACUCUCUCUCGUUUGUGAUGCAAGGUGCCAAACCACAUCUACGUACCCCGUAGGUAGAAAGCACUGCUAGCAUGACAAGUUUUGGAACCCCAAGCAGUACUACAAUCCAAGUGCGGUGAUUUGUCAUGCGGAAGGCAGUACACCUACACUGCCUCUAUUGCUGCUCGUGUACCACAACUUCAAAGGAGGGAACGGGGGAAAAAUCAUGCACUCUCAUAACUUUGAUACUGACGAACUCAAAGCCCGGCGCUUCUCCCAGCGGAGGUACCUUGGGAGCGAGAAAUAGUGGAACCAGUGCAACAUCCCCGAGGAGUCGAGCAAAAGACCAGAAAACCACUUAUCAUUUGUAAAAACGUCCCCACCCCAGAGUUGUCAUGCAAAUGCGCAAUGACACGAGCAUUUGUAAUGCGCACCUGCAUGAGAGGCAUUGCCAGUCGCGUUUUGGAAUUUGUAAUGCUGUAAACAGGAUGAGAGAAUGGCUUUCUCAUGCGGCUUCCCUUGCCAACCAGCACUACACUGCAGGGGGAAACUUCUCAUGCACAGCUCCCAAAACUUGCAGAUUUGUGUUGCUGGAUUCCCAACUUGACUAUGGGGCGGGGACGUUUUCACACAGGAUACCACUCCGCAGAUCCUGACCCAGUCCUUCAUCCUCACCUUCGUCGCAGAAUGGGGGGACCGAUCGCAGAUCGCGACCAUCGCGCUCGCAGCGGCGCAAAACCCGUACGGGGUAACGCUGGGUGCGAUCAUAGGGCACAGCAUUUGCACGGGGUUUGCGGUGAUUGGGGGGAAGAUUUUGGCGAAAUCGAUCACGGAGCGGCAGGUGGCGUUGAGCGGGGGAAUUUUGUUUCUGCUGUUCGCGGGCUACACGGUGUAUGUGGGGGUGCAGGAGUAAGAAAUAACAGGGCCGAGGUGUCGUGGAGCAAGAGGUGGUCCAGUAGAGGCCUAGUUUGAUGAUUUUUUAAGACACCAAAAAUCAAUCUGUACUACUGAUGGAAUGCUGCUACAACUGUAUUUAAUACCAAAUGAACUACUUGCACUUGCUACAGACUUUGUUGAAAUACGUUGAAGACACUGAUUUUUUCAUUUUGCAUUUUUUUCAAAAUCUUCCAACACCGUGUUGUUAGACUUGCUAACACCAAGUUUACGCGGUCGUCUCGGCUGCAUCCUCAAACAUUACAACAAUCAAAGCUUAAAACGAGUUUACGUUUGAUACCUUUACGUUUGCCAAUCGGGUUUUACUGUUUUACGUCGAUAAUCGCUUAUUGGCGAUAUGCAAUGUCAGGAGUGGAAAUAAAUAUCAGCUGGUGCAAAAAAUGAUGCAAUGCCAUUGAAAGCAAAAUCACUCAAUAAUGUAAAUCGGUCGUAGUGUCGGUAUUGACUUUUUGAUGGCUUGUGCCCUCCUUG